ACAAGUUCUGUUGAGGAGUUCUUCAGGUUCACACAUCACUGUAGCGCGUAGUGAACUUCAAGGCGGUAUUGGAAUGAAGUUUGACGAUGUUUUACUGCAGUUGGGAGAAUUUGGUCCGUACCAAAAACGGCUUUACUUUUUACUAUGUAUCCCAGCGAUAAGCGUUGGUUGUUACAUGUUAAACCUUGUGAUCAUUUUAGAAACCCCACACCACAGGUGCAAGAUUCCCGGCUACGACAAUGAUACGUACGAGAUCCAGUCGUCCUACCACCAGUCUCUCAUUAACCAGACCAUACCACUCGACCUUAAAGACAAGAAGCAGCCGUAUGACAAGUGUCACCUCUACCAGCACUCCAACCUUACCAACACAGUGGAGCGGAUCAAAUGCAACGAAUGGGUGUAUGACCGCAGCAUCGUUCUGGAAACGUUUACGACAAAGGCGAACCUCGUGUGUGAGGACGCUGCCUGGACGUCCCACAUCAAACUUAUCUUUUAUAUUGGAGUACUUGUCGGGGACAUUGGUUUCGGUCUGGUGGCGGAUCUUAUAGGAAGACGGAAGACAUUGAUGGCGUCUGUCCUUCUGUGGAAUGUGUCUGGUUUUGCAGUAUGUUGGGCCCCGGAGUACAUCAGUUUUAUCAUUUUAGAGUUCAUUGUUGCUGCCGCUCAACAUGGCGCUUUCAUGGUGUGCAAUGUCAUGUCGCUAGAGUUAGUUGGUCCUAACAAGAGAGUUUUGUGUGGAACUUUGAUCCACGGAUUCUUUACUCUUGGAUUACUGUACCAGUCGGGGGCCGCUUACUUCAUUAAACACUGGAAAUGGAUCGACUUGGCCAUAGCUGUUCCACUGGUGUUCUACAUAGCUUACUAUUGGUUGGUGCCCGAAUCGCCGCGCUGGCUUAUGAGUAAAGGACGAUAUAAAGAGGCGGAAAAGAUCAUUCAAAAGGCGGGAAAAGUCAACAAAGUGAAACUCCCAGAGAAAAUGAUCAAUCCGUCGGCAAUCGAACGUGAAGAAACGGAAAUGAAGUUGUGGCAUCUCUUUUCCACGAAAGAAAUGUUUUCUCGAACUACAAUCCUUCUCUACAAUUGGAUUGCAGUGGCACUGAUGUACUUUGGCGUAACUAUGCACGCUGGGAAUAUUGGUGGGAAUUUCUACUUCAAUUUUUUUCUGAACGCAAUCGUUGAGUUCCCGGCGGUUGUGUUUGUGAUAUUGACGAUGGACAGGAUUGGAAGAAAGAAACUUCAGUGUCUAUGCAUGGUAUUCGGAGGCGUGGCGACUAUAUGUACAAUAUUCACAAUCAUUUUUGGAGGAGACGAUUUCACUUGGGUCACAACUACGCUCUCUUUGUUUGGAAAAGUGGGGUCGACGGCGGCAUUUUGCGUGAUCUACGUCAUGACUCUAGAACUUUACCCGACUGUGCUUAGAAAUGCAGCCUUAGGGGGCGGAUCUUGUGUGGGCAGGGUGGGGAGCAUGCUGGCUCCUUAUGUUGCAUCUUCUGGUGUUUUGAUCGAUGGCGACUUUUCCACUGCUCUACCACUGGUGAUAUUUGGGGUUAUAUCGACAUCGGCUGGGAUACUAGUUCUAUUCGUUCCGGAAAGUCAGCACAGAAAGUUACCUGAGAGUGUUCGAGAUGGAAUUAAGUUUAAAGAGAAACUCCAUGAUAUCAACCAAACAGUUUCCACGCAAGGGCAUGCACUAAAUAAUUUGAAACAAAAUUGAGCUGAAGAGAUUGACAGUAGGCAGCCAUCCAAUGAUAACGAAGAUAAAUCAUUGCUAGUUAUGUCCAAAUUCACAGACGAAUAGCGAAAAUAAUCCUAAAGAAAAUGUAGUACAAUUGGUUAAUGUUUACAAAUUUUGAACAUCCUGAUAUCAGCAUUUUAAUUGAUAAUUCUUAAUAUACAAACAUUACCAUUGAAGAGGGGACCCUUUUCUUUAAUGUGUACAGCUUUAUUUGUUCAGUUUCACUACACAGCUGAAAGUAUACAAAAAUGUACAUUCUACUUAAUAUGAAUCGGACCUAACAAUCAAGAUGGAAAUUCGCAAGUUCAAAUGCAAAGCUGUAAACAGUGGAUUCCAAUUGUACUAAUACCUUUGUAUGUGAUGAAAUAUCUCUCAUAAACCCACCUAAUUCUAGUGCCGUGUUGUCAGUUCAUGGUUUUAGCACAUCUUUAUGUAAUACCCGGUAUAAGACAUACAAACUAAUAAACGUCUAGAAUUAACGUCAAA